GGGAAACAGGGGCCGGGGCUGUUAGUACUUCUGAAGAGCUGCUAGCAGUCAGUAGUAGCAGUCGGAGUUCUUGUAUGUCACCGUGCUGUUCUGUCUGACUUUCUGAGAGCUCACUUUGUCACAGUCGGUGUAAUGGAACUGGACAAAAUGGACGAGAACGAGUGGAAGUAUCACGGAGAGGGGAACAAGAGCCUGGUGGUGUCACACGUACAGCUUUCCAGAGUCCUACGUCUUCUCAAGUAUCCGGCUGAGGACUCUGAAAACCCCCCACAGACGGUGGAGCAGGCUUUCAGGCAGAUUCAGAACAUUGUUGACUUCAGCUCCAACGUGAUGAGCAGCCUGCUGGGAGAUAACUUCAUACAUAGCGGGGAAGUAGUCAAAUUGCCGCUGGAGUUUGUACGACAGCUGUCCAUCAAGGUUCAACAUCAGAGACCAGCCUGGCGCUGCGAUAAGGUGAUGGACAUCUACAGCGGCUGUGCUCUCUGUCUGCCCAACCUGACGUCUCCGAUCCUCCACCAGCCCACACACACUCCUCCACUCUGCAUCGAGAUCAAGCCUAAAUGUGGCUUCUUGCCGUCCUCCAAACAUGUCAGCAGAGACAUCAAGACCAAAGUGUGUCGCUUCUGCAUGCACCAACACUACAAGGUGGCCAACGGAAAGUGGAAGAGACGCAGUCUGUACUGUCCUCUCGACCUGUUCUCAGGGAACAGACAGAGGAUGCACUUCACCAUCAGACAUCUGAUAGAAGAACCUCAGAACAACUUUAAAAUCUUUAAGGGCGGUCAGUGUAUUUACAGCAGUAAGGAGGGCAUUGACGACUCGAUGGACCUUAGCUCGUUGCUCCAUCACCUCAGACCGUACUUCCUGUACGGAAACAACAGAAUCAACUGUCACAUGAGCAGCAAAGCCGUCUUCAACGACUUCAUCCAGGUUCUAGUGAAUGCCCUGCUGAGCGGUGGAGGAGGUGAUGGAGGAGUGGUGACGGACAGACGGGGAGAGGGGCGGAGCUUCUGUGAAGCAAGUCAUUUUAGCAAGGAGAGGAUUCGCCAUGGCUCUCAGGGUUUACCCAGCGACAGUGUUUUAUUCAGGACCCUUCAGACUCAGAUGUUGGACACGUUGGACAUUGAAGGACUUCACCCUCUGUACCGCAGAGUGGAGCAGCACCUGCAGGAGUUCCCCAAGGAGAGAACUCGACUUCAGAUUGAUGGGCCGUACAACGAGGCGUUCCUGGAGAAGCUGCAGAAAUGUCCGAACGAGGACGACGGCUCUGUGGAGUACGCUGCUGCCAAGGUCCAUCAGUACCGCGUCUCCAUGACGGCCAAGGACUGCUCCAUCAUGGUUGCCCUGGUGCCCAGCGGAGAGGAAGAGGAAGAUGAUGAAGGUCAGACACAUCUCAGGGACUUCAUCUCCUCUAGAACUCCUGCUUUCUCUUACUCCGUCUCCAUCUUGGAUUUGGACCCGAAGCCUUUCGAGAGCAUCCCCCGCCAGCUGCGCCUGGACCAGAAGAUCGUCUCCUACUACCUGAAGUCUGGAGGUUCAUUACCAAGAGUGUCUCCAUCGCCGCUCCCCGGCAUCUUCAACGCCGCGGAGAGGGAGGACUGCAUGCUGCUGUUCCAUCCUGUGUGAACGAGCCGAGGACUGAGACGCCAUGCUGAAGCCUCAAACGGAGAGGAGAGACGCCAUGACGAUGCAGAGGUCUAGAAUCCCCUUAUAAUAGAGCUGUUCAUCCAAAACUUUACCACAGCACUUUCUCUUCACUCCGCUCAUGCUGACAGUCUUCAGCACAGGCUGAUCAGCAAAAUAAACAUUUCCAGGAAGUCCUUACAUAAUCAUCAGAUUUCAAGCGAUUUCCGGAUUUUUCUGUUACUAAUUCUUGAGUUUUUUUUGUCCUCCUGUCGGGAGGUGAAUCCCAACAUCAUGACUGCUCUAUUCUGAUUAAUAUUUAUUAGAAAACUCACUUUGCUCUGCCCUCUGGUGGCACGUUUGGGAUUUGCCUCCUGAUUGGUGUUUAAUGGUCGUACUGACUGAGGCACACAGCGACAGGUUGUUGUGCUGUGAUGUACAAAUGAUGUCAUUUCCUGAAUGUAGGUGGGGCGGGUAAUGCCAGAAAGGAGCUGAUGCCAAGACUUUUGUCCAGGUUGAACUAUGCCGUCUGUAGCAUCACUAUGGAAACAGAAACAUUAGUGACCAUGGCUGCAGAAACAGAGUAGGGGAGUGCCAACAUGGCAGCUCUGUGGCACAACUUCGUGGAUCCAGGGCCUGGUUGUUUCAAAUGUUUUUUUUUUUUUAAAUCGGAGUAAAGAUAUCUAAUAGGAUCAAAUCUUGAAAAAAAGGUUGUUCAAAAGAAAAAGGCUAAAAAAUCAGGCAGGAUCACAUAAUCUAAUCAGGUCUUCAACCUGAUAAAAACUCCAGACUAGAGCGCCAGAUUUAGACCAAAUUGUAAUAAUGUUAAUGUUGAGUAGGUUGAACAACAACCUUGAACAAGGUUUUUACAGUGAUGUUGAUACUUCAAACAUUUUAACCAUGUUUUGAUUUGCUAAAUCACUACUCUGAUAUCGUAGAUUAGACAAAGGAUGUGAAAAAUAAAGGAUUGUGUCCUCAUCCAAACAGCUGUUAACAUCAAACAAAAUAUUAAAUUAAAAAGAGCUGUGAGGAUUGUUCAGCCUGUGGAUUUUUGCGCCCCCUUCUGGACAAAGUAUGAAGUAUGCAGUCCCAUUUGGUGCACUGAUAAAUCCAGAUGUGGUCACUUCUUAAAGUCUGUAACUGAAAGAUGUUGAUCAAAUUCAGUGUUUCUUCUAAAAACCCUGAACAAAUUAAGAUGAAUUACCUGAUCCUGAAGUAGAUUUACAAAUCUAGAUUAAACCUUUUGAACAACCGGGCCCUGGAUGUUUCAGUUCUCUUAGAGGUUUUCAGGCCGACUCAUCCCACUGAACAGCGCGUAAAUGUUUGUGUCACCAGAUUAAAUGUUGAGUCGGUUUGUUUUGUAAACCUCUAUGAAGCAGGAGAACCUCGACCUGUGACACGAAAAUGAACAGCCAAGUUUUUUUUUUUCUUUUCUCCAGUUUAGCCAUCAGCAUAAAAAGUAAACGUGUUGUCUUUAUCAGGCAAUGUGUGACUACGAUAAACGAUCAAAUAUCAGUUUAUUUUUUGAAGUCAGGGAGGAGAGCUAAAGGUCGUUAAAGGGUCAGUUCACCUGAUGACAUCAUGUUUCUGCCUCUAUUUAAAACAAUAACACUUUAAUGCCCUGAUUAUUAAAAUAUUGUAUUUUAUACGUCUAACAGAAACAUCCCUCUUCAGGAAUCAUAGAUAAUACAGAAAUAAUACUUUUAUAUAUAUUAGAUCAUAUUAUUAUACUGUGGGUAAACUGACCCUUCAAAACUCUGGCAGCUCUUAAGGGUGUUUCAAUCUUGCUGCCUCUUUUUUUUUUUUUCCUGGACAUGAAAUCAGCCUUUGUGUUUAAAGAGAGCACACAAAUCAGUGCAAGAGUUCUUGAUGUCAAAGCAACAGUGAGACUGUUUUGUUGGAUAAAAGUGACAACUCUAGGGUUUGUCUAACAGUCUAACCAGGUGACUCGUAGCUUUGUGAAAGAACGGUCACAUUACACUUUGUGCUCUAAAUUAAUUCAGCUUUUGACUCCGCGGCCUGCAAACAUUGUUUUGGCAAUGUGUGCUCGCGGUUAACAAAUUCACUAAACAGAAGACUAAUGUGGUCGUACCACGGCAGAGCAGGAAGCAGAAAGCAAAGGUUGUCUGACUGGAGCGAGGGCUGCUGGGUAACAGUGAGCAAACCUCCUCAGGAAGGCUGCGCUUUGUGCUGCUGGUCUGCGGCUUCUUUGUGCCAAAAGUGGCUUGUUGUGUGUAGGUGGUGGUGGUGAUGGUGGUGGUGGUGUGUUUGUCCAUGUGCCUAAAUGUUCUGGUAGGACGGAUGGUGUUUUUGUUUGUGUUGAAAAACUUUGUUACAGGCUGCGUUCACAGCAGAGAUUGAAGGUAUCAAAAAAUAUUCAGAUGCUGUGGACGCGGCCGUGAACUCUGUACUUCAAACUCCAGAAGACCUGAAGCUCCACUCUGCUCGGUCGUCUGAUGUUUGACAAAACAAUUUGUUCGGGAGCGCUGGGAGGUUUUUUGAAGACGAUGGGAUUAUCUGUAACCAUCAGCAGAUAGAGUUGACUAGACAACUCACAUGUUUGUGUUUGAAUGAUCUCAGGUCUGCGAUUUUAUCUCCCGGGCCCAGUUGUUCAGAAGUCAUCUCAUCAGAUUAAAGCCAUCGGAGUGGAUAAAAUCUUGACGACAGGAAGGCAAAAAAAAAAAAAGGAUCAGGUAACCCAGUUGUGGUUUUUAUCCCACAUCUAAAACCUCUAGUUUGAGAAGGAUUGGGAUAACUGAUGUUUAAAAUCUGUAUGAUCUUGAUCCCAGCAGAGGGCCGCAUUCAGGCGGGAGUACAGGAACAAAUUCUCGUUAAACAUUUCAAUAGGUCAAACGCAACAACAUUUUACGACGUUGUUACUUUAGACAUUUUUUAUCGUAUGUUGCUGCUGAAUUUCUAACAUGGCAAAGUAGAUGAAGUAAAAAUGGAGGAUAAGCUUUACAAUAUUUCAACAAAUGGCCUUUCUAUUUAAAGAAACAGCGCUUUCUUUUUGUGUUGGAUUUGGCGCCCCCUGUGGACAAAAUAUGUAGUGUGGAGUCCCUUUAAAAAGCACUGGUAGUCUGGAUGUGGUCAUCUUUAAAAGUCUGUACCUGGAUCAGGUUAAUCCUAUCGAGUUUCUCAGAUUAUCUAAUCCUGGAGAGUGAAAACCUCAGAUUUCCAAAUCCUGAUCGAUCUAAUCCAGAUAAAAACCUUUUGAACAACGGGCCGUGAUAAUCUCACUGUCCUCAUAAACCAGCAGCGCUCACAGAUAAACUGGUAACACUUGAUUUUAGUUCCUGUUUGCAGCGUCCACUUUCCAGCCUCCACCACCUCCAUCAGCCAAUGAAAUGUCUGGGGAAAAAAAACACACUACGAGACUUAAACCUGCGACGACUGAAAACCCUUUUCACAUCGCUCUAAUCUCAUGUUGGACGAUCAUCCACGUCUGCUGCGUUAUUUAUCAGCAGCGAGUCAACAUGAGCUCAGAGGUGACGUGGUCUGUGUUUCUGUAUGAACACAAACACUAAAACUAAUCACAUUUCAAUUCUUCUGUGAUGGAGAAACGAGUUAAAGGGCUGGAGAGUGGACGGCUGUGGACUGAACCAACCACUGAUCGCUCUUACUGUUGAACAUAAAGACGCAAAAGGGGCAUUGCCAGGGAGCAGAGGCUCAUGGGAGAGUGAGAUAGUCGAAUACUUGACUAUGACUUAAUGUUAUAAACAGCUGACACCUCAUUUAUCAUAGCAUCAACAAUUCUCAUAUUUAAAAUGAAUUUAUUAAUCUUUUAGGGUGACUUUGUUCAAUUUCAGCCUCAGUUUUUAUGUUUGAUAUUUUAUCAAACAUUUCAUCUCCAGCUUCUACUGUCCUCAUUCUAUGUUUCAGCUGUAGCGUGUAUUUCUUUUUUUUCAGUUUGUACUGGUUUAACUAUCAGAUUAACUCUCUGCAGGUGCCGGGUUUGAAAGUCUUUAAAGACGGCCUGUGCACUAAACUAAGAGUUGAAUCAGACUGUACCUGUGUCAGUGUGUCAUGGCAACUUGAUCUAAAAGAUGAAUGCCUGGUGAUCUUUUAAAACCCAGGUGUUCUGCUGCAGGUCUUUUUAUUGUCCGUCUGGAUGAAAUAUCUUCUGCCUCAUGUAUGAUUUAGAAAACAUUUUCCCCAAGUAGCAACCUAAUCUCCCAAUCCAACAAAGACAAGAGUCACAUGUUGCCAAACUUUAAAUUUACAUAAUGGGAGGCCCGAGAAGUGCUCAGUCAUGGGAAGUGAUUGAACCAGCAGCACUGGUAAUGCUGACAACUCCUCUGAAUCAGAGUUGGAAAUACAGUUGGUGGUUUGAGUAAAGAUUCAUAUUUUCAUCCAGAUGAACACAGAUCCUUACAAAGGAGUAUUAGGGCCACAUUAAGGGGAAGAAAAAAAUCAGAGAUUUCGAGAUUAAAGUCAUUUUAAGUUAUAUGAGAAGAGCAGCCGCCGCCUGUACAUAAAAGAGGACCAUAGAGCAUCUUUUGAAGUCCUACUUUAGUGAAGGUUUCUCAAAUAAGGAAAUACUUCUUUUGGAACACUCAUGUUGAAAAAAUGCUGCAAGAAACUAGAAAUUUUCAGAAGACAAAACCGCGCUGACCUGGAGGAAGUUGUCUCCAUAAUGACGGGGAAAUGGCUUUGACCGUUCCACGUUUCUGCACAGGUGGAUGGCUGCUCUUCUGAUACAACCUUUCAGAUUCAUCAUUUCAACGAAAGCCUACUUUGAAUCGCUUUACAAAUUUAUUAUCAUAAAUGUAGAACUUUUAUCUUGAAAUUUUAAAUAAUUAUUUUUCUCCAACAUUGCCCUUAUACUACAUC